GAAGCGAGUUUUUUCUACUGCAAAAUUUCACAGCAAUACAAAACGUGUGCAUGUCCAGUAGGUAAUCGUAAAUAUGAGAUAUUUCAUGUCAAAAAAUUCUGUAUUUUACUUACAGAAAGAAGCUUGGGAUGACAUAAAGGAAUAUGAAGACAAUUUCAAGAAAGUUAUAAAAGAACGUGAAAAAAAUAGAAUACCGUUUUUUCAUCAAUCUCCACAGUUUUCCUAUAGACAUCACCUAGUGGAAUAUAUCAAAAGAAUAUGCAUAGAAAAGAAAUUGAGCCACUGCUGUUUGCAUCUAACAGUGUACCUUCUGGAUAUUUUUAUGGAUAACCAUUCCAUAGUACCUGAACGAGUUUUACUUGUUGCCAAUGUUUGUUUACUUGUUGCAGCCAAAUUUGAAGAGAACAAUGUAACAAUUCCCAAAAUGGCGGAACUCAAUGCAGCCAACAACAACCGCUAUCCCCUCAGGGAAUUCAAAAACCUGGAGAUAGUGUUGCUGAGGUUUUUCCACUGGUACAUCAUGUUCCCCACCACAGCACAUUACAUCUACUACUACAUUCAAUCGGUGAUAUCCUUCGACGACUUGAGAGACAAAAAGGACAAUCUGAGGACACUUUUUUACAACUUACAUGACUGCAUUACAGCUUAUCUAGACCAAAUAAUCGGGAGUGUUCACUACAUGCAGUGUUUCACACCAUCAAAAUUAGCAGCUGCUAUCAUAGCAGCAAGUAGAGUGGAUGUGGGCUUAACAUGUUGGACUGAAAGGCUACAAAAUGUGACAGAUUAUAAAAUGGAAGAAAUACAAGCACCAAUGGCAAUAUUGCGUUCCAAGCAUGGUUUUAUAAACUGUCAAAAGUGCAAGACUGGGGACUCUUAGUUUUUUUUCUGAUAGGCACCUGCUACAAAAAUAUUGAUGGAUUUGUUAUUAUUUGAAAAUAUUUAUAAUUUGUUAAUCUUUUGUUUUCUCUAAUUGUUGAAAGUGAUACAUAAUCAAUAUUAUUGACUUUAUUACCAAUAAAACUACCAUUGUUAUGACA